CUACGGAACCUAAGAUGGCCAUUCACAAACUUUCACCUUCCAAAUUUUCACUCUCUCUCUCUCCCCGCCAUCGCCACCGGAGUCACCACUUCUCUGCCGUCGCCGCUGGAGUAACCACCUUCUCUGCCGUCGCCGCUGGAGGUUUAACUAUCCUAUGAUAAUUCCGUUUCUCUUUCAUCAUAAGGUUCGAGCCUCAAAGCUCGACUUUCUUCCCCAUUUCCACGCUCUCUCCUCCUCUGUUGCAGGAUCCCGUACCCAUUUUUCCGAGAUCUGAUUAUUCUGGGCAAUACUCAAGUGCGUAAAUGGAAAUUGCUGAUGACAGUAAGAAUUCUAAGAGAGUAGUUUUUGUCACUGUGGGAACUACUCUGUUUGAUGCACUUGUAAGAGCAGUGGACACUCAAGAAGUCAGGCAAGAGCUAUAUGCAAAAGGAUAUACACACCUUCUGAUUCAAAUUGGUCGUGGAUCCUACAUCCCUGCCAGGUCCACCAGCGACAAUGGGUCUGUAGCUGUUGAAUACUUCACGUUUUCGUCCAGCAUUGCCGAGAGCCUGAGAUCAGCUUCUCUCGUCAUAAGUCACGCAGGAUCAGGAAGCAUUUUUGAGACACUCCGGUUGCGCAAGCCGUUAAUUGUCGUGGUGAAUGAGGAUUUGAUGGACAAUCAUCAAGAAGAAUUGGCAGAAGAAUUAGCCGAGAGGAAACACUUGUUCUGUGCACACCCUCGAACCCUCCAUCAGACUAUUGCUAGUAUGAAUCUAGAUUCUCUUCUUCCAUAUCCUGCUGGUGAUGCUAAACCGGUUUCAAAGCUUAUUAACAAGUUCUUAGGUUUCCCAGAAGAUUAGUAAAAUCAUACUAAGUGUGGAAUCAGGUUGAAACCUUUUGUUCUAUUAAAGUGCUUGUUUAUUGCUUA